GCGGGCCGGCCAUGGUGGGGCUCAAGGAGGAGCUGCUCAAGUCCAUCUGGCACGCCUUCACCGCCCUCGACCUGGACCGCAGCGGGAAGGUCUCCAAGUCGCAGCUCAAGGUCCUUUCUCACAACUUGUGCACAGUGUUAAACGUUCCCCAUGAUCCAGUGGCCUUGGAAGAGCACUUUAGGGACGAUGAUGAAGGACCAGUUUCCAAUCAGGGUUACAUGCCUUAUCUAAACAAAUUCAUCUUGGAAAAGGUUCAAGGAAACUUUGACAAAGUUGAAUUCAACAGGAUGUGCUGGACUCUCUGUGCUAAGAAGAACCUCUCUAAAAGUCAUUUGCUGAUUAGUGAUGAAGACGCGUUUAAAGUGUGGGUUAUUUUUAACUUCUUGUCAGAGGACAAAUACCCUUUAAUCAUUGUACCUGAAGAGAUUGAAUAUUUACUUAAAAAAAUCACCGAAGCAAUGGGAGCAGGCUGGCAGCAGGAGCAGUUUGACCAUUACAAGAUUGCUCUCAACACCAGUCGAGAGGGUCUGUCUGCGUGGGAGCUCAUUGACCUCAUUGGAAGUGGGCAGUUCAGUAAAGGGAUGGACAGGCAGACAGUGUCCAUGGCAAUCAAUGAAGUCUUCAAUGAGCUCAUCCUAGAUGUACUCAAGCAGGGCUACAUGCUGAAGAAAGGUCACAAACGGAAAAAUUGGAUGGAACGAUGGUUUGUGCUAAAACCUAAUAUUAUUUCCUACUAUGUAAGUGAAGAUUUAAAGGACAAGAAGGGAGACAUCAUACUGGAUGGCAACUGUUGUGUAGAGGCCUUGCCUGACAAAGAUGGAAAGAAAUGCCUUUUUCUCAUAAAAUGUCUGGAUAAAACUUUUGAGAUCAGUGCCUCUGAUAAAAAGAAGAAGCAGGAAUGGAUUCAAGCCAUCCAGAGCACUGUGAGCCUGCUGCGGGCAGGGAGCCCCCCUCCCCACAAAGAAGCGCGCCAGAAACGGAAGGAGCUGCGCCAGAAGCUGCUGGCUGAGCAGGAGGAGCUGGAGAGGCAGAUGAAGGAGCUGCAGGCAGCAAAUGAGAACAAGCAGAAGGAGCUGGAGACCGUGAGGAAGCAACUGGAAGCAGCAGCUGCUCGUGCUGCUGAAGAGGAGAAGAAAAGACUUCAGACUCAAGUUGAAUUACAAGAUCGCUUCAGUUUGGAGCUGGAGAGAGAAAAAAUGGUAAGACAAAAAAUGGAAGAGCAGGUUGCUCAGAAAUCAUCUGAACUGGAACAGUAUUUGCAAAGAGUACGUGAACUGGAAGAAAUGUAUAAACAGCUGCAGGAAGCACUGGAGGAUGAGAAGCAGGCACGUCAAGAUGAAGAGACUGUGAGGAAACUUCAGGCCAGAUUGCUGGAAGAGGAGACAGCGAAGAGGGCUGAACUGGAAAAAUGGCAUUUGCAGCAGCAACAGACCAUUCAGAUGACAGAAGCAGAGAAGCAAGAACUGGAAAACCAGAGAAUGAUGAAGGAACAGGCUCUUCAAGUGGCCAUGGAGCAACUGAAACAGCUUGAAUUGGAAAGGAAGGAGGCCCUUGAGCAGUAUGAGGAGGUUAAGAAGAAGUUGGAAACGGCAGCUAAUAACACCAAGAGUUGGAAAGAUAAAGUGGCUCAUCAUGAGGGAUUGAUUAGACUAAUAGAGCCAGGCUCCAAGAAUCCUCACCUAAUCACAAACUGGGGCCCAGCUGCCUUCACUGAAGCUGAACUGGAGGAAAGACAAAGGAGCUGGAAGGGGAAGAAAGCCACUUCUGAGUGAUGGUGGCAGCUGACACGUGGCCCAGAACAGGAGCCCACCUCCCCUCGUUCUGCUUUGCACAGAGCAGCCUCUUGCUUAAAAGGUUUAGUUUGCUGAGCAGGUUGGGCCUUUCUGCUCAUGAAAUGCUGUUUACCACGCUGGAGGGUCUGCUCAGAGCUCAGCCAUUACCGUGGGGGGUGUCUGACAGGACAUGCUGUUUUCCCUCACUUUGCCAAGACUUUGCAACUGAAAAUUUGCAUUGAAAUGUAGUUUGUGACAGACAGAGUUGUUCCUAUACUAGCCUGUAACAAUCUGACAGCAGCUAACCAGUCAGGCAGCAUCACUUUCAUUCCAGAAAGUGAGGGAAGCAGUUUUUCUGCUGGUUCAGUUUAGCAUAAAUCAGUCCUGGAGGUGUCCAACUCUGAGAUGGAGCAUUACCUUUCCUUCCUCCUUUUACUUUUGCUCUGUCCCUCUGUUGCUCUCUGCAAAGUGCUUAGUGCUCAGGCACAUUCCCUUGGCAAGGGGAGGCUGGCAUCACUGGGUGCCUGCAGCCUGCUUGGAUUUGGUAUCCUGUUUCCCUCUCUUUGCAGGAAUCCAAACAAAAGAACUGAAGAUAAGACAUUUGGAAAAAGUAGUUGUGCAAGACUGGUUUUGUCCUGUCUCAUACUUCAGAAGUGCUAAAUAAAGCCUUGAGAGCUCUCUUCAUAGUUUAAAAGAUGAAAUUUUGGCUCACAAUUUCUGAAGCAGAUGAAUGGAAGGUGGUAGCACACACAGGACAAAUAUCCUAUGUGUCAAGGCUAUGUUUGUGCAAGAAAUCUGAUUAUAACAUCCCACCAUUUUUAGAUAUAGCACUUUUGUCUUACUUUUAAUUGGAGGCCAGAUUAAAGAAAUGUAGGAAGAACUUUUUUUAAAAAAUAAAAAUUACGAAUGUGUAGUGAUAUGGCUUUAGGGGAAAAAAAAAAGUAAUCCCUGUCAAUAAAAUAACUUGAGUCUUUCUAGUACCAAGGCUUCCCAAAGACUCUGCUGUUGUGCCUUACCAUUCUCUCCUGGGACAAAGCCAGUUAUUUCUCUUUCUGUAGGGAAAAGGAGCAAGCCUGUGACUUUGCUUUGCAGAUCCCCCACACCAGCAUUGCUCAGUAAAACAGGAUUCCUGCCAACUUGUACAGAUCUUUUGAGAUGCCCCCCUCGAGGAGCAGGUGCCCGCUGGUGUGGCUUGUGAGCAGCU